UGAACUGAUGCUCUGUCAUUAUGGAAACAGGAGUCACUUCAAACAGAACUGAWGCUGUGACUCACAUCCAUCCCUGCUACGAAACAAAACAUUUCAGUUAUACGUUUACCACAACACCUUCUGUCGCGUGUGUGAUCUUAAACUGUUUUUUAACGCUUUUGUCUGUUGCCACAGUUUGUGGAAAUCUCCUUGUAAUAUUCUCUGUGUUUUACUUUAAACAGCUUCACACUCCUACUAACUUCCUCAUUCUGUCUCUGGCUGUGGCUGACCUGCUUAUAGGGAUCAUAGAAUUUCCUUUGGCCAUGGUACUUACCUUCAGCUUAUGUUUGCACCAUGAAGAAUUGUUUUGUAGGAUUCGAGAYGGCUUUGSUGUAUAUUUYUGUACAUGCUCUAUCUUACAYCUAUGUUGUAUUUCUGUWGACAGAUAUUAUUCAGUGUGUCGGCCAUUAUUAUAUAAAUCUAAAAUCAGUCCUCAUGUUGUUUUCUUCAUGAUUACUGUAAGCUGGGUUGGUUCUGCAUUUAUUGGUAUAGGAGCAUCUCCAAAAUCUAAACAAAAAUGUCAGGUAAAAUGUUUUAUUGAUGCUCUGAUGAAUAACGCAGUUGGACCAACUUUAUCAUUUUAUCUACCACUUGUCAUAAUGUUGUGUAUUUACCUAAAAAUUUACCUUGCUGCACAGAGACAGGCACGAACCAUCCAAAUUACAAUGAACUAUGGAGCAAAUGUCACCAAGAUGGAGAGAAAAGCCACUAAAACUCUUGCUAUUAUUCUGGGAGUGUUUAUUAUUUGCUGGACUCCUUUUUUUCUUUGUUUUACUCUGUUGCCUUUUACCAACAUUUCAGUACCAGUUCCUGUUCUUGAAGCACUUAUGUGCCUUUCACUGACAAACUCAGCAAUAAAUCCAUUUAUUUAUGCCUUCUUUUAUAGCUGGUUUAGAUCUGCUUUUAAAAUUAUUAUGUCUGGAAAAAUAUUACAAGGUGAAUUUGCCAAUACAAAGCUACAUUAG